AUGGAUUCCCCACUGCUGGUCUCCGACGUCAAGGAGAAAAAGGCCAACUCGCCGCAGGCCCCGACUUUCCCCCAGAUCAGCUCCAGCUCAUCAGGAUUCCCCCAACACAAGAAGCGCACCCGGAUAUCUGCUUUCAAGCAGCAACAGCAGCAGCAACAGCGGGAGCCCACCAGCAACCAUGAAGCAGCACAGCGAGGUCCGCCGAGCGGCACCCAACCGCGUGCCCCCACGUUGAGCGAGAAACAAAAAAUAGACCGGGAGAACAAGGAGAAGAUCGCAAGCAUGUCGUCCACAGAAAUAGAGGAGGCGCAAUCAGAGUUGUUCGGCGGCCUGGACCCCAAGACCCUGGAGAUGCUCCUGAGGCGCGCAAACCUCGACGAGAAGAACGGCCCUUCGCCCUUCGACCAAGACACCGAGACGUCCCCGCCAGCAGCACAAGCCCAAGACACCUCUGACCCGGCACCCGAGACCUCGCAGCCCCCAAAAUCCUCGAGCGCGCCCAGGAAAGUCCACUUCGAAGACGUGCCCGACGAGGACGACCCCGUCCCCAUACCCGCCCCGGCGCCCACAGCGAGGGAAUUCUCGACACAAGCCGAGCCCCAUGCCGACGCAGGCGACGCCGAACCGCCCUCGGUGCCGUCCGACCACGUCCACACGGAGGAGUGCGCGUCGAGCGGCACGCACACGCACUGGCCGCACGCGCCCUCCGCGCCCGAGCUCGACCCGGCCGACCCGAACUUCCUGGCCUCGUUGCACGACAAGUACUUCCCGCACCUGCCGGCCGACCCGAGCAAGCUGGCCUGGAUGGCGCCGAUACCGACAGCCAACUCGCCGGCGGACCUGGACUCGCCGUACCACCCGACGCAGUCCAGCAUCCCUGUGUCGCAGCUGCGCUUCGACUUCCGCGGCGCCCUGCUGCCGCCCCGGAUCGCGCGCGCCGUCCCCACGACCCGGGGUCUGCACCACCACGGCGAGGCGCCCGAGGCCGCGGGCUACACGAUUAAGGAGCUGGCGCGGCUGGCGCGCAGCGCCGUCGCCGGCCAGCGGUGCAUCGCGUACCAGACGCUGGGCCGCAUCCUGUACCGGCUGGGCCACGGCAACUACGGCAGCCGCGGCGACGCGCUGGCGGACGGCGUCUGGAACUCGGUGGUCGAGGGCAACGUCAUGCAGAGCCUGUACGAGGAGGCCGGCGUAGACCCCGAUGCCCCGCCCGCGGGCAGGGGACAUCGCAGCGCGCAUGCGUUCGCGGUCGAGGCGAUAUGGUUAUUUGAGAAAGGCGGCUGGGCUGAGACGAUACGGAAGGACAAGUGA